AUGGACGUGGUGUCGCCAGAGCUGAACAGUCUGCUCCCUGAUGAGAUCAUGGACACAGAGGCCAUCAUCAUGGAUGACGACCCCCCCUCCGAGUCCCCUGCAGCCUCUGGCCAAUCACAGCCUAGUGACGACUCACCAGUCCCCAUGGAUACGGAUGUGCCCGCUGUCCCAGAGAUUGUAAGCCUGUGUUCGGACGCCCCUCCAACCCAGCUGACCCAAGCCGGGACCACCCCCACAGGUUCCACCCUCUGUAGCACAACCUCUGCUACCCAGCUCCUCCUCACCUCUUCCACGGUUUCAUCCUCCUCCCUCACCUUGCGACCCGCCACAGCCUCCACCCUAACCUCAACCACUCCUAAAACCACCAGCAGCCUCUCCCGGGUUAGUCUCACCUCGGGGGGCUUACAGAAGCUCUCAGCCCCCUUCACCCUCUCAGCCAACCACCAGAUCAUCCUCAACAAGGUGGCCUCAUCCCCAGGCGCAGACAUCACCAGGUCCCAAGGCACCACCACUACUACCACUACUCCAGGGGGCCAGCAGUUCAUGGUGACGGCCAUAGGGAAGUCUGGCCAGCCUAUUGUGCUGCAGCUGCCCCACACAGGCUCCAAGUCUGCCUCAGUGCAGGGUCUGGGGGAGGCCAAGGCCAACCCGCAGCAUUUCAAGGUGGUGACGGUCAGCUCCGCCAGUCAGGUAUCCACCCUGCAGGCCCAGCAGCUGAAGACUGUACAGAUUGCUCAGAAAACUCAGGUGUCGUCGGCUGGACCAAUCAAGUUUGUCUUUACUAAAGCUGUCAACAACAAAGGUCUGACUGCCCAGACAUCAGUAUCCAAUGUCAUUACAGGUCGGGUCCUGUCCACAAGCAGCCCAGUGACCCCCCCGCGGACCAUCACCCUCUCUGAGACCCUCGGCUCCAGCUCCAGCAACAAGAUCGCCAUCUCCCCCCUCAAGUCGCCCAGCAAGUUGACAGUGGUGUCGGUGGCCUCACAGGUCCCCAACUCCCCUCACAAGUCAGUGUCUCUGCCUCUCAACAUGGCCCACCUGGGACAUCAGAUACUAUUACAACAGUCUACAUCCACCUCCCCAGCCAAGACCAUGAAGCCUGUGCAGACUGUGACGGUGGGAGGGGUGGGCGCCCCCCAAUUUAAGACCAUCUUUCCCCUGUCCACCCCGUCCAACGUGCAGCAGAUCCAGGUGCCAGGCAGCCGCUUCCACUACGUCAGGCUGGUCACUGCCACCACGGGCAGCAGCACGGGACAUGCCGGCAGCCCCAUCACUAACUCAUCCAUGACAGCCAAGCCCAUGGUGGUCAACACAACCCAAGUCAGGAUGUCUGUCCCCAUUGUCCCAGCACAGACAAUGAAGCAGGUGGUGCCUAAGCCCUUGACAUCGUCAGGCCAGGUGCUGACCACUCAGACCCAACAGAGGUUGAUCAUGCCCGCCACAUCGCUACCCCAGAUUCAGCCCAACCUCACCAACCUACCCCCGGGCACCGUGCUGGCGCCUGGCUCUGGGAACAUGGGCUACGCCGUGCUGCCCGCACAAUACGUCACACAGCUCCAGCAGUCGGCGUAUGUGACUCUGGCCAGCAGCUCUGGGUUCUCCACCCCUACAGGCAUUCAGACUCAGGCCAGACUGCCUCUCAAUGGCUUAUCAACAUCGGGCGCUGCCUUCAGACCACGGAAGCCCUGUAACUGCACCAAGUCUCAGUGUCUCAAACUGUACUGUGACUGCUUUGCCAACGGGGAGUUCUGUCAGAGCUGUAACUGUACCAACUGCUUCAACAACCUGGAACACGAGACCGACCGAGCUAAAGCCAUCAAGGCGUGUCUGGACCGUAACCCAGAGGCGUUCAAGCCGAAGAUUGGUAAAGGUAAAGAGGGCGAGUCGGACCGCAGACACAGCAAAGGCUGCAACUGUAAACGCUCAGGCUGCCUGAAGAACUACUGCGAGUGUUACGAGAUCCUUCAGGAGGGGGACUCGCAGGCCAAGAUCAUGUGCUCGUCUACCUGUAAGUGUGUGGGCUGUAAGAACUUUGAGGAGAGCCCUGAGAGGAAGACUCUGAUGCACCUGGCCGACGCAGCUGAGGUCAGAGUUCAACAACAGACGGCAGCCAAGACCAAGCUGUCAUCACAGAUCUCAGACCUGCUUACACGGACCACUCCCGCCAUCACCAGCGGAGGGGGGAGGAUGCCCUAUACGUUUGUGACGAAGGAGGUGGCGGAGGUGACGUGCGAGUGUCUGCUGGAGCAGGCUGAGCAGGCAGAGCUGAACCAGCAGCCCCAGGCCACCGCAGAGAGGAUGAUCCUGGAGGAGUUUGGACGCUGCCUCAUGAGGAUCAUCAGCUCGGCGGGCAAGACAGACUGUCCCUCCAUCAACUGCUAG